AGGGAGAAACUGGAGAUGGAUCCGAUGGCGGUGACGGCGAUUUCGCCGAUUGAUUUACCGAUUAUGCACGACAGCGAUCGUUACGACUUCGUCAAGGAUAUUGGGUCGGGUAAUUUCGGAGUUGCUCGUCUCAUGACGGAUAAGUUUACGAAGGAGCUUGUUGCUGUUAAGUACAUCGAGAGAGGAGACAAGAUUGAUGAAAAUGUUCAAAGGGAGAUCAUCAACCACAGGUCGUUGAGGCAUCCUAAUAUUGUCAGGUUCAAAGAGGCUCGGUUCUUCUUUCAGCAGCUUAUCUCUGGAGUUAAUUAUUGUCACGCAAUGCAAAUAUGCCAUCGGGACCUGAAGCUGGAGAAUACGUUGUUGGAUGGAAGUCCUGCGCCUCGUUUGAAGAUAUGUGAUUUUGGAUAUUCCAAGUCUUCUGUUCUUCACUCGCAACCCAAGUCAACUGUUGGUACUCCUGCGUACAUUGCGCCAGAGAUUCUUCUUCGACAGGAAUAUGAUGGCAAGAUUGCAGAUGUAUGGUCAUGCGGCGUGACCUUAUAUGUAAUGUUGGUUGGAGCAUAUCCAUUUGAGGAUCCAGACGAGCCAAGAGAUUAUCGAAAGACAAUCCAAAGAAUCCUUAGUGUCACAUACUCAAUCCCUGAGGACUUGCACCUUUCACCAGAGUGUCGCCAUCUAAUAUCGAGGAUCUUCGUGGCUGAUCCUGCAACUAGGAUCAGUAUUCCGGAGAUAAAAUCGCAUGAAUGGUUCUUGAAGAAUCUUCCUGGGGAUUUGAUGGAUGAGAACAGAAUGGGAAGUCAGUUUCAAGAGCCCGAGCAGCCGAUGCAGAGCCUUGACACUAUAAUGCAGAUUAUAUCAGAGGCUACGAUUCCUGCUGUUCGAAACCGCUGCCUUGAUGAUUUCAUGACGGAUAAUCUUGACCUAGACGAUGACAUGGAUGACUUUGAUUCCGAAUCUGAGAUUGAUGUUGACAGUAGCGGAGAGAUAGUUUACGCUCUCUGA